AUGGUGCAAAAAACAUCUUCCUCUUCUGAUACACAAAAUCUUCCAGUUGAGAAUUUCUCUGAUAAUGACUCACGGAGUGAGGAUGCUAACGCAACUAGGGAUAAUGAAAAUGAUGACGAAUUCUCCGACAAUAACGAAGAGGAAGAUGAUGAUGGAGGAUAUUGUGGUUUCUCUGAUGAUGAUGAAGGAUAUUAUUAUGAUUUAAAUACCGGUGAAACUUACACAAAAUCGGAAUAUCACACAGAGUGUCCUGCUUUGCAGUGGAAUGAGGAUGCUCCGCACCUAAUUGGAGAGGAUCUGACCCAGCAAAGUGAGGCUUCGACAUCUUCUGCUCGUUCAUCAAAUUCCUCAAAUUCAAGCCAAAAACUCGCAAAUAUCAUUUCUGUAAUCCGGGAACAGUUUAAGGCUAUCUUUGAUAGAGUUAAGGAUGCGAAUGAUUAUACUUUAGAUCAGAUGUGUAAUGUUGUGUCGGCUGAUAUUCUUAGGCUUGGGAUGGGAGCAAUUGGAAAAGAUAUAAUAAAGGGUUUUUACAAUGGAAAUAGUAUAAGAAGCGAAAACUUAGAAAAGAUAGGUGCUUGGAUAGAUAGUCAUUUACAUACUACUGAGUAG